GCCCGCCCCGCUCCGCCCGUCGCGGCCGGCAAGGGGGCAGGCGCGCCCCACCCGGGGCGGUGCCGGUGCGGCCCUCAGUGACGGGGCUGGGCGGCGCGGCGCGGCGCGGCGCGGCGCGAAGAUGGCGGCGGUGCCGCCGCUGCGUCGCUCCCAGUACCACCACCACCCGCCGCCCGGCCUGGCCUCCCCGUCGCCCGCCGCCGCCUCGCCGCCGCGCAGCCCCAGUCUAGCACCGGCCGCGCAGCGCCACAGCCUGGCCGGCCCCGAGGGCGAGGCGCUCCCCGACGUGGACCGGCCCCCGGCCGCGGAGUGCGCGGAGGGUUCGGGCGCCGCCGCGCCUGGCCCGCCGCCGGGCUCGGGCAGCAGCUCCAGUGGCUCUUCCUCGUCCUCCUCGUCCGCGUCGUCGUCGGCGGCGUCGAGCCCGGCGGCGGAGAGUCCUGAAGCGGCGGGCCCGGGCGCGGCGAGCGGGGCGUUCCGCGAGCUGCUGGAGGCCUGCAGGAAUGGGGACGUGGCGCGCGUGAAGCGCCUGGUGGACACGGGCAACGUGAACGCCAAGGACAUGGCGGGGCGCAAGUCCACGCCGCUCCACUUCGCCGCCGGUUUUGGAAGGAAGGAUGUUGUAGAGCACUUGCUGCAGACAGGAGCCAAUGUUCAUGCUCGUGAUGAUGGAGGACUGAUACCCCUGCACAACGCCUGCUCCUUUGGUCAUGCAGAAGUGGUCAGUCUGCUGCUGUGUCAGGGGGCAGACCCAAAUGCUAGGGACAACUGGAACUACACUCCUUUGCAUGAGGCUGCUAUCAAGGGGAAAAUAGAUGUGUGUAUUGUGCUGCUGCAGCAUGGAGCUGAUCCAAACAUUCGGAACACUGAUGGGAAAUCUGCACUGGAUCUGGCAGACCCUUCAGCAAAAGCUGUACUCAUGGGUGAAUACAAGAAGGACGAACUCCUGGAAGCUGCUAGGAGUGGUAAUGCAGAAAAGCUGAUGGCUUUAUUGACUCCUUUAAAUGUGAACUGCCAUGCAAGUGAUGGGCGUAAGUCCACUCCUUUACACCUAGCAGCUGGCUACAACAGAGUUCGGAUAGUCCAGCUUCUGCUUCAGCAUGGUGCAGAUGUACAUGCAAAGGACAAAGGUGGUCUUGUGCCUCUUCAUAAUGCAUGUUCUUAUGGACACUAUGAGGUUACAGAGCUGCUGCUUAAGCAUGGUGCCUAUGUGAAUGCUAUGGACCUCUGGCAAUUCACCCCGUUGCACGAGGCAGCUUCCAAGAACCGUGUGGAGGUCUGCUCCCUCCUGCUGAGCCACGGCGCCGAUCCCACCUUGGUCAACUGCCACGGCAAGAGUGCAGUUGACAUGGCUCCAACGCCUGAGCUCAGGGAGAGACUGACCUAUGAAUUCAAAGGACACUCUCUACUGCAAGCAGCCAGAGAGGCAGACCUAGCCAAAGUGAAAAAGACACUUGCUUUGGAGAUCAUUAAUUUUAAGCAGCCACAGUCGCAUGAGACAGCACUGCACUGUGCUGUGGCUGCUGUGCAUCCGAAGAGGAAACAAGUUACAGAACUAUUGCUCAGGAAAGGAGCUAAUGUAAACGAGAAAAACAAAGAUUUCAUGACACCUUUACAUGUUGCAGCUGAAAAAGCUCAUAAUGAUGUUAUGGAAGUUCUGCAUAAACAUGGAGCAAAGAUGAAUAUGCUGGACACACUUGGUCAAACAGCAUUGCACAGGGCUGCGUUAGCAGGGCACUUGCAAACCUGCCGGCUGUUGCUGAGUUAUGGCUCUGAUCCCUCCAUCAUCUCUUUGCAAGGCUUCACAGCAGCACAGAUGGGAAAUGAAGCAGUGCAACAGAUCUUAAGUGAAAGUACACCUGUGCGCACAUCUGAUGUGGAUUAUCGGUUGUUAGAAGCAUCCAAAGCUGGAGACUUGGAAACUGUGAAGCAACUUUGCAGCCCUCAGAAUGUGAAUUGCAGAGAUCUGGAAGGCCGUCAUUCAACACCACUGCACUUUGCUGCAGGAUAUAACCGCGUAUCAGUGGUGGAGUAUCUCUUGCAUCAUGGAGCAGAUGUGCAUGCCAAAGAUAAAGGUGGUUUAGUACCCCUGCACAAUGCCUGUUCUUAUGGACACUACGAAGUGGCUGAACUCUUAGUGAGGCAUGGUGCUUCUGUCAACGUGGCAGACCUGUGGAAAUUCACUCCUCUACAUGAAGCAGCAGCAAAAGGAAAAUAUGAAAUCUGCAAAUUGCUUUUAAAACACGGAGCUGAUCCAACAAAAAAGAAUCGAGAUGGGAACACUCCUCUAGAUUUGGUGAAAGAAGGAGACACAGAUAUCCAGGACUUAUUGCGAGGAGACGCUGCCUUGCUAGAUGCUGCCAAGAAGGGGUGCCUGGCACGAGUGCAGAAGCUGUGUACUCAAGAAAAUAUCAAUUGCAGAGACACCCAGGGAAGAAAUUCAACACCACUGCAUCUUGCAGCUGGUUACAACAAUUUGGAAGUAGCUGAAUACCUUCUUGAGCAUGCUGCUGAUGUAAAUGCCCAGGACAAAGGAGGAUUAAUUCCCCUACACAAUGCAGCAUCCUAUGGGCAUGUGGAUAUAGCAGCAUUGUUGAUCAAAUAUAAUACAUGUGUAAAUGCAACAGACAAAUGGGCGUUCACACCUUUGCAUGAAGCUGCACAAAAAGGAAGGACACAGCUCUGUGCUCUGCUAUUAGCUCAUGGAGCAGAUCCAACCAUGAAGAACCAAGAGGGUCAGACACCACUAGACCUGGCAACAGCUGAUGAUAUCCGAGCUUUGCUGAUAGAUGCAAUGCCUCCAGAAGCUUUGCCUACGUGCUACAAGCCUCAAGCUACUGUUGUUAGUGCCUCUGUGAUCUCACCAGCAUCUACACCGUCCUGCCUCUCUGCUGCCAGCAGCAUAGAUAACCUCACAGGGCCACUGGCAGAACUGGCUGUAGGAGGGGUAUCAGAUGCUGGGGAUGGAGCAGCAGGAAGUGACAGGAAGGAAGGAGAAGUUUCUGGUCUUGACAUGAACAUUGCCCAGUUCUUAAAAAGCCUGGGUCUUGAACACCUUCGGGACAUCUUUGAGACAGAACAGAUAACCCUGGAUGUGUUGGCUGACAUGGGGCAUGAGGAGCUUAAAGAAAUUGGGAUCAAUGCGUAUGGACACCGCCACAAAUUAAUAAAGGGUAUGGAGAGACUUUUAGGAGGUCAGCAAGCAGGUGCCAAUCCUUAUUUGACUUUCCACUGUGUGAGUCAGGGGACCAUUCUCCUUGACCUUGCUCCUGACAAUAAGGAGUAUCAGUCCGUAGAAGAGGAGAUGCAAAGUACAAUCCGGGAGCAUCGGGAUGGUGGAAAUGCUGGUGGGAUCUUCAGCAGAUACAGGGUCAUCAGGAUUCAAAAGGUAGUGAACAAGAAGUUGCGGGAGAGAUUCUGUCACAGACAGAAGGAGGUCUCGGAGGAGAAUCAUAAUCAUCACAAUGAGCGCAUGUUGUUUCACGGGUCUCCUUUUAUUAAUGCUAUCAUUCACAAAGGAUUUGAUGAAAGGCAUGCAUACAUUGGAGGAAUGUUUGGAGCUGGAAUUUACUUUGCCGAGAACUCCUCAAAAAGCAACCAAUAUGUGUACGGAAUAGGAGGAGGAACUGGCUGUCCCACACACAAAGACAGGUCCUGUUACAUCUGCCACAGACAAAUGCUCUUCUGUAGAGUGACCCUUGGAAAAUCCUUUCUUCAGUUCAGCACAAUGAAAAUGGCUCAUGCCCCUCCUGGGCACCAUUCUGUUAUCGGCAGGCCAAGCGUGAAUGGACUUGCUUACGCCGAGUAUGUUAUCUACAGAGGAGAACAGGCAUACCCAGAAUAUCUCAUUACAUACCAGAUUGUGAAACCAGAAGCUCCCUCACAGACAGCAACAGCAGCAGAAGAAAAGACCUAGUAGCUUCAGAGCAGUGAAGAAGGAUGUAACUUCAAUCUUGGACUGGAUGGAUACUUGUUUCAAAAAAUCAGUAUCACAUAAAACUCUUAACAACCUGGAAAUAAUCUGUAUGCCUUUUAUAAAGUAUUGCUGUCUUGAUGAAUAUGAUGAGUAACUCUUGCAUACUCAACUGCUACUGUUCCUCUUGAGGAAAGUUUACAAGGGACUGCCUUUUAAUACCAUAUCUCAGGCUCCUAGUCUCUGCAGUUACCAUGUGUAAAAUAAUAUUGUUUUGAUCUAGACAGUGGGAACAUUAUUGUGCAAAUGGAAAUCUUUAUUGGUGCCAUCUCACAUGUUAAAAUUUCAGGCACUACUUUUCUAGUUAUUUUAUUUGCAGAUAAAUUGCAUUAAGCCCAUCAUUUUCUUUUCAGCAUACACCAUUCAUUUCCUGUUUUCAAGAGAUCCUGUUUAUUCUCCUUUUGUAUUCUGAAGUUGAGCCAUAACCUUCCUGUAGAUAUUUUGCACAAAGUCAAGUCAACUAAAAUCGUUAACAAUGCAAUAUAAUUUUCAUCUGAGGAGGGGCUAGGACAAGUUCUUCAAUAUAGGGGGUUUUUUGCACACGUUUGAGCAAACGAUGACAUGAGUGAAUGUAACUUUAGAGUGGAAACAAAUUAUGUCAGUUUGCUGCCUUGUCUGUGUGAGUUUUCUGGGGGAAGCCCUGAGAAGUGUUUGCAAGGGUAAAACCAGCUCUUGGGCUUAGAAGAACUUCAUGAAACAGAUCCAUGCCCUCUGCUGCCAUCUCUAAAAGAACAUUUUAUAAGGCUCCUGUUAAGUACAUGCAGCUUGUGAAAUGUUCUCCAGUUACAGCAGUGUAUGGUUUUGCUGGGAGAAGCAGGUGAAAAGUCAUAAGAUUUCAUACAGGAGGGUGUAUCUGGUUCAUGUCUCUCAGUAAGAUGAGACCCAGUAAAUGGGUUUCAGGCUAGUAAGGGAGAGUGUAUUACAGCAGUUUCCUGUCACAUCUUUGUGUGUGACAUCACAGUUGAAGAGCUUAAGGGAUUUACAAAAGUAAUAUUUUUUUUUAAAUAUCGAUUUUACAUUUUGAUGAGAAGAAAAUUUUAAAGUAUCAGUUGGCAAGCGGAUUUGUUUGCAGGUGUACCAGAGAACAAAGUUAGGAUUUAUUCACUUAAUACCCUUCUUCCCAAAUUCCCAGGUUUAUUUUGCUGGCUAGGAGAAAGUUAUUUUUAAGCAUUGCAUAACACAGCAUCAAACAGUUUCAAAAGUCCCCCUCAUGGUGGAUAUGGAUUUAACAAAAGUAGAAACUGUUUCUUUUUAGUGGUGUUUUACAGUUUCAGAGAAGGUUGAAGAUAAAGACCUGUUAAUUUUUUUCCUAACAACCAAUACCAGGAGAUGUGUGUCAGUGUUGACCAUGUAACAAGUGGAGGAAGAAAAUGUUCCUUUGGACACAACAUGUUGUACAUUACCCCAUCAACCAGCACUAUUUAGUAUCUGAUGAUCCAGUUCAUGCAUUCAGGUUUUAUCCCCCUUAAAGCAAGAAAGCAACAGAAUAGUGUGCUCUUAGUUCAUAAAAAUAUAUGUGCUCCCCACAAGUGGGAUUUUGCUAACAUGUUUGUAUAAAACAGAUUUAAUCCUGAAGAGUGUUUCACUUUCAGCAUUAAGACACAACAUUUUUAUUUUUAACGUUGAGACAUUAAUGUUAAAGCAAAUCAUCCUCAUAAGAAAUAUCACCCACUGUAAAAUCAGUCAUUUGAUGCAAUAUGGCUACCUGAAAAUCAUGUUUGUAAUAUCUCUAAAGAAAUAGCAAUACUCUGACAGAACUUGAACUCUGAGUUUUACUUUUCUUGAGCUGACAGGGGAUAUAUGGUUCUCGCUUCAUUUUGUGACCUGAUUAAAUAUGUAGCUUUGAAGUCCCAGCCAGGCUCUAGCCUAGUUGUCCUUUUAAACAAGUUUCUUUGAUAAGAUUGGGUGCUCGUAUUUUGGCUACUUGUUUCAUAGUGUUAGGAUUGCAAAGAUCACCACUAGGCUUUGAAGCUUUGUAUUCACCAUUUAAAUUUACAGUUUGUGUUUCAUUUAGUUAAUAAUGGAGUGAGGGGAUGUGCCUAUCUGCACUAGGGUUUCAGAUAGUGACCAGAGCGAGUGCUGCUCUCUGUCCCCAGUUAGACAUAGUUUUAAAUGGUGAAACAGCUGUGCUGCUUAGGUGAGCAAAAUGGUUAAUGUGGGUGUGAAAGUUAAAAGCUUUACAUCUUUCAAAAACAAGAACAAAUGUAAAAAGAAAAACCCCACUGAGCCCACACCAGAUGCUGUUCUUUGUUGUUUCCUAUGUGCUGGUUGAACUAAUGGCUAGUCUGGAUUCCUUUUUACAGCCUGAAACUUCUAGAGGAUAAAAAUAGCCUGGAGGAGACUGAGACCUCAUUGGGGUCUUCAACAUCCUCAUGAGAGGAAGUGGAGAGGCAGGUACCAAUAACUUAAUUCCCGUGACCAGUAACAAGACUGGAGGAAACACCAUGAAGCUGAGUCAGGGGAGAUUUAGGUUGGAUAUUAGGGAAAAGGAUUUUCACCCAGAGGUUGGGCACUGGCACGGACUCCCCAGGGAAGUGGUCACAUCACCAAGCCUGACAGAGUUCAAGAAGCAUUUGGACAACACUCUCAGGCACCUGGUGUGACUCUUGGGGCUGUUCUGUGCAGAGCCAGGAGUUGGACUCAAAGAUGCUGAUGGGUCCCUUCCAACUCAGCAUAUUCUGUGAUUCUACUUUCCAGUAUCUUUGAACUGCCAAUGUUAAUGUCUUGAUAUUCUGUGCAGAGUAAAGGUGCUGUGUGAGGAAA